UUUUACUGCUCAGACCUCAGACUCAUUCAUCAACCAACCCCUCUCUCUCUCUCUCUCUCUCUCUUUCCUAUAUUCUAAGCAAUACCCACAACCAUCAUCACCAUCAUGAUCGGCAUGCCCACUCUGCCAAGCUCCUCUCUCUCUUUCUCAUAAUCUGCCAUUCUAUAAAGCCUUAACUGAUCUACAUCAAACCAGUUGGGAAGAAAUAUAUAUAGAUCACCUUUCUAGUGACAGGGAUCCAAAGGCUCUCAAAAUGAGGAAGCCAGAGGCCUCUGGGAAGAACAACGAUAUAAGUAACAAGUUCAAAAAGGGCUUGUGGUCACCGGAGGAAGACGACAAGCUCAUGAACUACAUACUAAACAAUGGACAAGGUUGUUGGAGUGAUGUAGCAAGGAAUGCUGGUUUGCAGAGGUGUGGCAAGAGUUGCCGGCUUCGUUGGAUUAAUUACUUGAGGCCUGAUCUCAAGAGAGGUGCAUUUUCACCCCAGGAAGAAGAGAUGACCAUCCAUUUGCAUUCCCUUCUUGGCAAUAGGUGGUCUCAAAUAGCGGCUCGCUUGCCAGGAAGAACCGACAAUGAAAUCAAGAACUUUUGGAAUUCAACAAUAAAGAAAAGACUAAAGAGCCUGCAGUCAUCCAACGCAUCACCAAACACAAGUGAUUCAUCCUCGGAGCCUAGCAAAGAAGUCAUGGGAGGGUUCAUGACCAUGCAAGAGCAAGGCAUUUUGCCCAUGAACAUGGAUCCGUCACUGUCAUCUUCAUCAUCGUUGGAAACCUCCAUGCAAGCAAUGAUUCUAAAUACCAUGACGGACCCAUUAUUGCCUAUGCUUGAUCAUGAUCAUGGCCUCAACAUGUAUAUUGGUGGUGCAAGUGGAUACGAAUUCAAUGGUGCACCACCAUGCAUGACUCAUCAAGUUCGAGUGAACAGUUCUGAUCAUGGGUUGUAUGGGCCGGAAGGGAUCUUUGGAGGUGUUAAUGUUGGGAUUCCUCCUUUAGAGAGUGUAAGCUGCAUGGAGGAAAAUGCAAAAAGCCAAACUACACAGGAUAAUAGCACUGACAAGCACCCAUAUAGUAGCUACGUGAGUAGUCUUAACAAAAAUUGCAAUAGCACUAGUACUGAUCAUAACAAGACAGAUAACGCAGCUGCUGAGAUGGGGAAUUUUUGGCACGGAGAAGAGUUAAAAUUGGGGGAGUACUGGGACUUGGAAGAGUUGAUGAGAGAUGUUUCGGCCUGUCCUUCUCUUGAUUUCAAAGUUGAGUGAAUGGCUAUUCCCCCAUAUAUAUAUAUAUUCAAUUUUCUUUCUUCAUUCAAAUUGAGAGAGCUUUGCUAUAUAUAAGCACCCUUCAAAUAUAUUCUCUCUCAACCUUUGUAUUCUACCGGCUUUCAUCAAGAGAUUUAGCAAGUUUAUGUAUAGCUUCAAUUAGGUAUAGGACAAAGGUGAUCAGGAGACUACGUACGUACUGCACUAAUUGAUGACCAGAUAUUUCUUGUAUGUAAAUGUAUCUUACGAAAUGUUGCAAUUUCAUCAUUACUUUUCGAGCA